AUGGGGCCAGGCUGGCUGUUGCCCGUGCUGGUCCUGGUGCCGGAGCUGCCUGGGGGGUCCCUGGCGCAGAAGCAGCUCCCCAGGGAGUCUCAAAACCUCAACUGGGGCAAGUUUUCAGGGUUCUGGUACAUCCUUGCCAUCGCCUCUGACACCCAGGGGUUGUUGCCGGCCAGAGACAAGAGGAAGCUGGGGGCGUCUGUAGUGAAGGUUCACAAAAUGGGCCAGCUGAAGGUGGUCCUCGUCUUUAACCGGUCACAGGGGUGCCAGGCACACUCGCUGAUCCUGCGGAAAGACAGGAAGAGGGCUGUGUUCAGGAACACCUUGAAGGGGGUGGCGGGCUUCCACGUGCUGACCACUGACUACAGCGACAGCGUGGUCUACCUGCGCCUGCGCCGGGCGGGCCAGUCCACCAACACCCUGCUGCUCCUCAGCAGACAGAGCACGGCCAGCUUCCUGAGUAUGAGAAAGUUCAUAGACGUGUGUGAGGCUUUGGAGCUCACCCGCAGUGUGACAGUUCUCCCGAAAGAUGCUUCCUGUGCACACACCAUCCUGCCAUGAGAGAGAGCUGCCACCCACCUGCUCUUCCCUUUGAGGCUCGACUUGUGGUCGACCUAGACCGCAGGAGUGUUGUUCCAAAUUGCAGGCCUUCACAUCCAACUGGUUGUUGAGAGGGGUUUGGGGACCCCAGGUCUCUGAUGGUGUGGAACCCGGGGCCCAUGGCUGUAGCCCAGCAGGGUCCUUUACGAUCACUGAGGGAUGGGGUGAGGGGCACAUGCUGACCGGGCGGGGGGUGCGAAGCCAG